CUUCCAACUGCCUCUUAGGUCGCACAUACGACCGGACUAUUACAUACGUGAAGCUACCCAAGGUAGUGUAAAUUCAUAGCAAACACAUUCCAUCGACAACUACUAGUUUUCGUAUUGCCCACUAUUUCGAUUCUACAUAUUUGGGACUAGCAAUCGUAUUACUAGUAUUAUGUUCGAUGUUCCUGAUGCUAAACGAAUUCGGCGGGAAGAAUUAUAUGAUUCCCCCUCGGAUGAGGAGGCGCCGCAGGACGAUCAAUGGGAUUCAACUUUGCGUGAGAAAUUAAAUGCGCAGUUUUCUGGUUUACUGGAUCUCAGCUUUGCAGCAGAUGGAGAAACCAGAACACAACAAAUCUCAGAAUCUCAAGCAGGAAAUGCAAAUGAAAACGCCCAGGAUGGGGAUGAUGUUGAGGAGCCCCAAGAAGAGGCCUUCACAUUCAGGUUAUUUCGGGACGAGGAACCCUCGCGGAAGGUAGUACUCGAACCCCAAAAUGCCGGUGUGGAGGGGAAUGGUGAUGGCGCUUUUGUAGUUGCUAAACGGCCGAUCUCAUACUACUUGGUUGAGGAAAUGCCGCCUGAAGCUGCGAAUAGAUUCAAGAUGGCCGCAGUUAGUGCUGAUUACCUCUUCCAAGACGCAAAAAGGAGACGAUGGGGACUUGAGAAGCCAUGGAAAGUCACAACUAUUACGAUCGUUACAAAUAACAAAAUAAGCACUCCGGAUAGUUAUAUCGGCGGGAAUUCAACUGCUAGUGUAAAAGGGAAGAAGAAGAGGCCAGGGAAGAAGCGAAGAAUAAUCCUGAGGACACGUGAGAAGGCAAAGAAGGAACAGGAGGAAGCUGCAAAACAACAAACAGUAGAGAAGGAAGAGCACCUGAAGGACAAGAAAAAGAGACUGAAUAGGCAGAAAAAGCUAAAACGGAGAGCUAAGGAAAGGGAAAAGAAACAAGGUAUGAAGGAUGACGUGACUUCUGAGCAUAGUAAAAGGGAGGAGGAGGAAUAAAUAAGUCAAUACCUUGUUUAUGAGUAACUAGGUUAGGUAGGUAACUAUUAAAUAUAGUUGCGUGUUAAGGUCCUUAAGGAGUAUGUUAAGGAAUAUGUUAAGAAGUUCAUAAAAUAAAAAUAUUAUAAAAGUUAACUAGAACUUCAAUGUUAUUACC